CGGGCAUAAUGAAUGAUUUGCUCAGCAUCAAUAUCGGCUUCAUUUUCUACCUCUAACAACGAUAAUCAAAAAACAAUGGACGCUGAGACGAUAAAAGACAUUGAGCAAGUUGAGCUUGAACUGCAGCCAAUCCCAUCACGAACGGAAACAACAACAGAAGAUGGAUUGGGUAUACCCACAAAUACGACUCGUAGAAGACCAUCUUCUCAUUCACGUGCUCGUGCCAAUAUUCCAAAUCUAGACAACCUUAAACAACAACAACAACAGCAAGGAGGAGGCUUGGCUGACGAAGAUGUCUUUGUUGUUGAGGAGGAGGAGGAUGAGGAUACAGAGAGACCGGAAGGAUCUAUCAAGACAAGAAAGGCGAGCAGCAUAGGUAACGCAAGCAGACCAAGAAGUAAUACAAAUAAAUCCACAGAAACGUCUGGAUCGGGAGCAGGUGCUGGUGGAAGCAGCAGUGGUGGCCCAUAUGGUGUUAUGCCCGUACUGGAUACCGCUCCGCCAACUGCUGCUCAGUCAACAGAAGCUUUUGCAAAUGUCUCUACAGCAGAACCAAGUAUGCCAGCAUUUCAAGCAAGACCACCAGAAAUUCCAAAUUUAACAGCAGAAAUCAUUUUCAUUCUUAUUUGUUCGACUGGUCAAUUAUUAUUUGGAUUUUUUCAAGGUGGCUGUGCCGGCUUACAAUUAAUCUUGAUCGAUAGAUUAGGCAUUCCUUCUUCUCAAGCACCUUGGCUUCAAGGUUCGUAUCUUUUGGCAAAUGGGCUUUCGGUCAUCGUUUCAGGCCCAUUGGCAGAUCUUCUUCGUCCGAAAUAUCUGAUGUGCGGUGCGUUUGCAUGGCAAGCAAUGGCAAACCUAAUCGGCGUUUUCUCUUUAUCGAACAAGUACCUAUUCUUUGUCGUAAGAGGAAUGCAAGGUUUAGCGGUUGGUGUUUUGGUUUCAAGCAGUAUCAGCAUCCUUGGUCGUAUUUAUCAACCAGGAUUGAGGAAGACUAGGGUAUUCUCCAUCAUGGCUGCAAUGGCACCUUUUGGAUACUAUCUUGGCUUACUUCAAGGUGGUGCCUUCAGUUCCAUACCAAAAUACAUCUUUGCAACAAACACAAUCCUUGCAGGAAUCUGUACAGGUUUGGGAUGGUAUGCGAUUCCGAACAUUCAACCUGCCUUACCCGGUCUAAGCUUUAGCAGCUUUGACUUUUACGGAAGUUCUUUGGCUGUUGCUGGUUGUGCUCUUCUUGUUGCCGGCUUAACUCAAGGACCGAGUGCGAAUUGGACGCCAUACACGAUUGUGAUUGUCAUGUUAGGACUUGUUUCUAUGGUUGGGUUCUUUCUUGUCGAGAGAAAAGUACGAAGACCGAUCUUACCUCCAGCAUUAUGGAAAGUUCCCGGUUUCACGGCUUUGAUUUUGGCUUAUUUUCUUGGUUUUGGGGGAUUUUUAGCUUGGCAAUUCUAUGCUAUUCAAUUUUGGUUAAGAAUUCAACAUGCUUCUCCACUCAAAGUUGCUCUUUACCAAACGCCAAAUGCAAUCUUUGGCGUCUUAGCAACAUUUAUCGUCAGUAGGAUUGCCCAUCUGGUUCACGGUCACUGGAUUCUGGUAACAAGUAUGAUCGCUUUUGCGCUUGGUCCAGUAUUCUUUCUUCCACAAACAGCAAACACUACGUAUUGGGCUUUAUCCAUGCCAGGAAUCGCUUUGGUAACUUUUGGUCCAGAUCUGUCUUUUGCUGCUGCUUCAAUCUUUGUUACUUCAAGUGUCGCAAAACAUUAUCAAGGUUCUGCAGGUAGUCUUUUGGUUACCGUUCAAAAUUUAUCAGCUGCAAUCAUGACGAGUAUUUCGGACACAAUCGGGGAAAAAGUACGUCAAUCCGCUGGUGAAGAAUCAUUGAAAGUUUUCCAUUCGAUUUGGUGGUUCGAUUUUGCCGCUGCAAUCGUUGGUGCUCUUAUCACUCUUAUCUUUGUCCGAAUUCCAAAAACGGUAGAAAAAGAGCACGAACAGUGACGGCAACCAGAUACAAUAUAGGCAUGUCGAUAUAUGUAUAUCUUUAUAGCGAUUGUUCACAGCUUUCUUUUAAUGCAUUGUGUGUGUGGGGGUUUUAUUCU